CAGAAGGUGGCUCUGCCGUUCAUCUAAAAAGUAUAUCUUUAUUCUUUCAUUACUAGGCAACACAAUAUACACAAUCACAAUAAUCUGGGUGACCUAAGCAUCAAAUGAUUUCAAGGAAAGAUAAAAUUUUAAAUAAACCAUACGAAGACAGAAAGUUUGAAAACCAUCGUAGAAAAGUAAGAUCUGCUCUACCUGCCAUUGACAACCGACCCCCAAAUUCAGGACAGCAUGUGCGCUUCAAAUCUAAAAAAUAUCUGAUGGAAAAAGACCAGAAGGAGAGAAUUCAAAAGCACAACUUCUUAUUACUCCAUAAACUCAACGAAAUCAGGAAAAAAUGCAGAGUCGAUCAUUACUGGAGCAGCCCUUUGCCGCAAAUGGUUAAGAACAAAGUAGCUUUGUACGAUAUCUGUCCACCAGAUAUAAUAGACUAUGAUGUAAAUGACGAAAACGAUGAGGAAAUGGAAGAAAUUGAGAGGAGAUUGAAAGAACUGGGCAUAAGGAAAGCAAACUGCAACGCUUGCAGUCCCCAAACUAUCAAAGAACGGAAGGUUACAGAGGAACGCGUCCCUUGGGAUGAGGAAAACGAAAUAAUGUUGAAGAGGGAAAGAAGUAAAUCAUUACCAACCCAAAAAAUCAAUCUAUCCAACGUUAGGAGACCACGAGACAAGAAUACAAGCAAAUCAUCUCCUAGGAGGGUUAAAUCUUGCGUUUCAAAAAGUUUCGAUGAGAAAAGAGAAGGGAAAGUUCAACUGAGAGAAAAAAGUUCUAUACCUUCAACUCCACAAAAACUCGUGUUAACUAGAGGCUCCUUGAAACUUUUCGUUAAUUUUCCGGUGGAUACGCUUGUAACUUUUCAGGAUGGUAAUCACAAUAAACUGAUAAGUGGAGGAUAUUGUCAGUGUAGAAAAACGGAACGUACUGAACUUGAGAAUAUUUGAAAGAAUAUCCCAAAAUAUCGAACAGGAAGAAAUGCAAAUUACCAUCCAUAUUCGAUGAAAGAUCAACUCUAAUCUUCAUUCCGUUCAGUAUAUUUACAUUCCGCUCAGUAUAUUCAUUUUCAGCUCCGAAUCCGUCGAUAUGCGAGAGCAGGAAUGUCAUGAUAAUAUGUAAUUGUAUCCAUUUCAAUGAUUUUUUAAAAUUAAUAGUAGAUAAUUAAUACAAAUCAAAAAUUGUUAUAAAACCUCGAAAACAAUAUUUGUUAAAAAAACUCACAAAAAAUUUAAUGUUCUUCUGUGAUUCUCGCUAGAUUUCUGUGAACCAAGGAGCGUGCCACAGAUUUCCUAUCUCUAUGACGAGACCAUAAAGUAAUAAC